CGAAGGUUGUGAGAUGAGCAAGAGGAUGGUAAAUUGAGAACGAUUCUACCGAUGUAAUAAGAAACCACACACACAAACAGUAUUGAACAUUAUUUGUCCACAUCAUAACUGGAACUGGACACCUUUCUUGCCGAAGAUUGAAGCCAGCUUUUGUAUGCUAGCAACAUACUGUUUGGAGAGGGAUUGGGGAGGAUGAGGGAGUGGAGAGGAUGAUGAGGCAGUGGGGAGGUGUUGCUUGUGUAGGAAGAGAGAGAAAAGGAAGGUGGAAAUGGAACUGCCAAAUCAUGCCAAACAACUGCUGCUGCAACUCAACCAGCAGAGGGCUAAGGGCUUCCUGUGUGACGUCAUCAUCGUGGUGGAGAACGCUCUGUUCCGAGCCCACAAGAACAUCCUAGCAGCCAGCAGUAUAUACUUCAAGUCCCUGGUUCUCCACGACAACCUCAUCAACCUGGACACAGAGAUGGUCAAUCCCUCGGUGUUCCGACAAGUCCUGGACUUCAUCUACACGGGGAAGCUCCUGUCCUCAUUGGACCAGAGUAGUGAGCAGAACUACAGUGCCCUCUUGACUGCAGCCAGCUACCUCCAGCUCCAUGACCUCGCCGCGCUGUGCAGGAAGAAGCUCAAGCGAAGCGGCGGCAAGCCCCUGCAGGGUAAACCUUCCACCUCGGGUCCGCUCAGCCGACUGCGCCACAACAACCAGCGCCUCUCGUCCUCUGCCCCUGCCGCCUCCAACAACCACUACACCCCUGCCCCCUCCGACGCAGACCAGCCACAGCCCGAUGACGGCCUCCGGGACAAGCUCUCGGACGAUGAGAUGUUCAUCGGGAGCACCGCCGGGAAGAAUGGGACCGGCGGGAGCGGUAGUAAUGGAAAUCUCAGUAACGGUUUGAGCAGCAGGGAGCCAGAUCUCGGGCUGGACCUGUCCAAGAAGAGCCCUCCAUCGGCGGGCACCACAACAGACGCACUCAGCCCUCACAGCAACUCCCAGGGUUCCCCUCAAUCUGCCUCAGUAUCCACAACCAACAGUGCCUCACUGGAUGAUUCCACCACCACUCUGCCCAGUCUGGACACCACCGGCCUAGAGCCCAUGGAGCUCAUACCCACCCACAAAGCCCCUGAAGACAGCCAGGCCCAGCCAGACGCUCCCCCGCCCCGCAAGAGCUCCCGCCAGGUAGCCCGCAAGAAGGAGUGGCCCAAGAGAGAGGCCUCUGGCCUGAAGGCUGAAGAUCGUGACCGGCCCCUGGUCAACGGUGUGAUCGUGGGACCUAAAGAGGGCCGCUCAUCCAGUGGCGUAGGCGGGGACAGUGGGUGCAGCUUUGCCUCAGACCAGUCCUUCCAGUGUAAAGACGAGGAGGAAGGAGGGGAGAAUGGGCAGGAGCACAGCGACCAGAGCGGGCAGAGUGAUGGAGAGAGUGGAGGAGGAGGGCACCACAGCGCCAACUAUGUGUACCGGCAGGAAGGGUUUGAGCCAGCAUUCGGGGACAACCUGUAUGUGUGCAUCCCCUGUGGGAAGGGCUUCCCCAGCUCGGAGCAGCUCAACGCACAUGUGGAGACGCACACAGAGGACGAGCUCUACAUCAAAGAGGAGGGAGGGGCCUUUGUGAAAGAGGAAGAAGCUGAGGACCUCUCGGCCCCCGUGGCUCCCACCACAUUCGGCAUCUCCGAGCCACGGCCCUUCAAAUGCACCGUCUGUAGUAAGAGCUAUAAAGACCCGGCGACCCUGAGGCAGCACGAGAAGAGCCACUGGCUGACUCGACCCUUCCCAUGUAACAUCUGCGGGAAGAUGUUCACCCAGAGAGGCACUAUGACGCGCCACAUGCGGAGCCACCUGGGCCUGAAACCGUUUGCAUGCGAUGAGUGUGGCAUGCGCUUCACACGACAGUACCGGCUGACGGAGCACAUGCGCGUCCACUCGGGAGAGAAGCCGUACGAAUGCCAGCUGUGCGGUGGAAAGUUCACCCAGCAACGCAACCUCAUCAGCCACCUGAGAAUGCACACCUCGCCCUCCUAAAACACAACAACAAGCCAAAGAAUGCUUUUUCAUUUUUUCCCCACCUCACAACCAAACAAAUGCACAUGUACACUCAUGCAGAAACACAGGUACACACUCUCUCACACACAUACACAUAAACAUAGAUUUCUAUACACAACCACCUGGCUUAGUGUGUGUAGUAGUUGUCCAGAGUCAGCCUGUGGCAGGAUGGUCUUGGAAAACAACCUCAGCAUGUCCACCACCUCUGGAAGUCGAGACGUGCGGUGUACCUCCCCUUCCCCCCCUCUCUCUGAAGUCACCUAUGGUGGGUGUGAGGGCAUGGACUGGUGGUUGUCUCUCUUAUAUCUUGUAAAUGUGAAUCGAGGUACUGCUGUAACCUCAGGCCCACCUCUUGCCUCUCAGUCCUAAUACACCCUCAACACCUUUACUUGGGAGUAUUUAGGCCUUUGAGUUUUUCAAACUGAUCCCUUCUGGGUGUAUUCAGGGUUCCCUCUAUACUCCAACCUCAUUGGUCAACCAAGAAGACCAACUAUAUCAUGCCUCCUUUUUUAUUUAAACAGGUCUAAUAUUAUUCACUCUGUCAAUGAUGUACACUACAGGCAAUAAUUUCAAAGAAUGUGUUUUUGUUGUAACCAAACAGCAGCUACUGUAUAUGUCCAAUGCUAAUGUGAUUGAACCUGGAGAUAAUGGGGAUGUCUGCAUUAGGAUGUUGUUGGCCAUACCCAUGCUUUACCUAAAAGUUUGAUGUCUGAGUUUCCAGAUGAGUUUCUGACUGAUCAGGGGCUCAAUUUCGUUUACUCCAGACACACACUCACCUUAAAGUCUCCACUCUACAGCUGGUCUCUGAGUAAGAGAAAGAGGGGAGGUGGGGUUAGUCAUUUUGCCCGCGAAAGCUCAUCCUGGGGUAAAAAAAAUAAAAAAUAGAGGUACUUGUUUUACUGAAAUAACCUGUAAUGUUUCUGUGAAUGUUUAAACUGGAAGGUCUUCGAAUGUUUCAUC